AUGGGUCAACGAACCUUUACCCUCAUACCCAAGUUCCCGGGCCGAGAAGAAUCCCCGGACACGCCACCUCUUCGACCUAUGACCUCCAAACAAGUACGGAAGGCGUACAAAUCGGCAAACAAGGGACCAAAACUCACUCGGGCCGAGAUUUGGAAACAGGAGAAGGCGGAACAAGAGCGAAUAAGGAAGGAGUUUGAGAAAGAAAAAGCGGCAGCAAAGGCGAAGAUCCUCAGGGAGAAAAAGAAAGAGAAAGAGUUGGCGGAGAAGGCUGAGAAGCGCAAGAAAGGAUUGCCGCUUGUGAAUGUGCGGCCAAGCCAGGAGACGAUUUCUUGGUUUGUUAGAGGGAAUGGAAGCGCUAAGAAGAGGGAUGCCAAAGGAAAGGAUGUGAGGAACGACACGAUCGAGGAAGAAGCGGAACCCCCAGAGACGACAAUUGCAGACACGAUCGACGAGGAACCGCAGCAACCUGCGAAGAGAGUGCGGACAUUGGAGAGCAUACAAGAGGAUGAACAAGAUACCCCAGAUGUUGGAGCUGAAGCCAUGACCGACGAUGAAAUGCGACGACCUUCUUCAAGCCCAAGGCAUGAUAUGUUGGAUAUGGACGAUGAACUUGACGCGGAUUUUGAGGAAGACUUGGCGUUGGAGCUGCUCGAGGACCUCGAAGCCGCGGCUGAGAAGGGAUGUGAUCAGAACUCCCCGGACAAAGACGAGACGACGCACGAAUCUGCGCCAGGGAUGAAAGUUGCGACCUCGGAUCAAGAUGCUAGUGCUGGAAUACCCCUCGCGAAUCGCUACGAAGAGGACCUCGGCCUCCACCGACCGAACCCCCCUUCAGUCAACUUCAUCAAACCGGCCCUCCCCAAUCGACUAGAGCGACCACCAGCAUCACCCUCUCCAUCACCUCCACGUCAAGCGCCCCCUAUGAGUACGCAAGCGAUCCUCUUUAACUUUGAUGAUUUCUUUCCAUCAUCUUCUCAACAAGCAAGGGAGCUCGAGGAAGAUGAUGACAUUAUACCCUCGGCACCGCCCCCUCUUUCGGCCAUUGUUGAAGAAGAGGAAGAGGCUCUCGACGAAGAGCCUGAGAAACCCGCAGACCCUGACCCCUUACCAUCUCUUGGACCACUCUCAGACUCACCCUCACCUCCGCUAAGACGAUUCUUUACCUCUUCUGGAUCGCACGAGCAAAUGUCUUUGGCCUUGCAUCGUAGCCGACGUACAGAAGCAUUGGAGAAGAUUCAGCAGCGCGAACGGGCGCGUGUUCAGGCUGGCAUGGUAGCACGUGCUGAAGCUGAGAGCUCCAAGACCACCAGACCACCACAGUCGGCAAAGACUGUACCAAAGCCACAAAAGACAUUUGAGAAGAACGCUGGAGGCUACAAACCGAGACCUCCUCAGAUCCAAGCGCCUCCAUUGCAGGAGAAGAAGAAUCCUCCACAUUACACAACAAACGAAAGGCACAACACGCCCAUGACGACCAGACGUUUUGACCAACCCCCGAAAGAAGUGCAACGCGCUGAACCAACAAAGUCACCCACACUAAAGAACAACAAAGAGAACCAGAAACCACCACCCCAGCCGAGUUUUGGACCGAGUGCUUCGCAGGAGUCGUACGGCGGUGAUUGGGUGGAUGAGAUUGCACUCGAACUGAUGAUAUGA